AGCACUGUCACAUCAACAUCGGUGACAACUGAAUCAACAUCAUCCCCAUCUACUACCGUGGCAGGUACUUCAACAACAACACUAACACAACCAACUUCAUCAACUAUUACUUCAACAGAUGUGUCACCAUCUCCAACAGUUUCAAUUUCUACUCCGACCACUUUGUCGACAGAGAGCACAGUGCUAAGUACAAUCAGUUCGUCUACCACUGCAUCCAUUGCAGUGCCAAGUACAACGACAUCAGCUUCACCCAGUACAUCUACUACUGUUGAAAGUACUGUCUCCUCAGCAACAGUGACAACUGUUUCAGCUCCAUUACCAACCAGUAGCAGUUCAAGCACUUCAACAACAGUUCCGGCAACAUCAGUUUCAUCAACCUCGAGUGCUGCACCACAGACAUCUCAAGCACCAUCAACCUCCACUUCAGCAAUAUCUACUACAGAGGCAGCUGAGCAAAGUACAAGCUUUUCUUCUUUGUCAACUUCGUCAACAUCUAUAACACCCAUUUCAACAGCAAGCUCCAGUCCAUCUACGACUGCGCAAAGCACUGUCAUAUCAACAUCGGUGACAACUGAAUCAACAUCAUCCCCAUCUACUACCGUGGCAGGUACUUCAACAACAACACUAACACAAACAACUUCAUCAACUAUUACUUCAACAGAUGUGUCACCAUCUCCAACAGUUUCAAUUACUACUCCGACCACUUUGUCGACAGAGAGCACAGUGCUAAGUAUAAUCAGUUCGCCUACCACUGCAUCCAUUGCAGUGCCAAGUACAAUUACAUCAGCUUCACCCAGUACAUCUACUACUGUUGAAAGUACUGUCUCCUCAGCAACAGUGACAACUGUUUCAGCUCUAUUACCAACCAGUAGCAGUUCAAGCACUUCAACAACAGUUCCGGCAACAUCAGUUUCAUCAACCUCGAGUGCUGCACCACAGACAUCUCAAGCACCAUCAACCUCCAAUUCAGCAAUAUCUACUACAGAAGCAGCUGAGCAAAGUACAACCUCUUCUUCUGUGACAACUACGUCAACAUCUUCAAUACCCAUUUCAACAGCAAGCUCCAGUACAUCUACAAAUGCACAAACCACUGUCACAGAAACAUCAGUGACAACUGAAUCAACGUCAUCCCCAUCUACUACCGUGGCAGGUCCUUCAACAACAACACAAACACAACCAACUUCAUCAACUAUUAUUUCAACAGAUGUGUCACCAUCUCCAACAGUUUCAAUUACUACUCCGACCACUUUGUCGACAGAGAGCACAGAGUUAAGUACAAUCAGUUCGUCUACCACUGCAUCCAAUGCAGUGCCAAGUACAACUACAUCAGCUUCACCCAGUACAUCUACUAUUGCUGAAAGUACUGUCUCCUCCACAACAGUAACAACUGUUUCAGAACCAUCACCAACCAGUAGCAGAUCAAGCAAUUCAACUGCAGCUCCGGCAACAUCAGUUUCAUCAACCUCGAGUGCUGCACCACAGACAUCUCAAGCACCAUCAACCUCCACUUCAGCAAUAUCUACUAAAGAGGCAGCUGAGCAAAGUACAAGCUUUUCUUCUUUGUCAACUUCGUCAAAAUCUAUAACACCCAUUUCAACAGCAAGCUCCAGUCCAUCUACGACUGCGCAAAGCACUGUCACAUCAACAUCGGUGACAACUGAAUCAACAUCAUCCCCAUCUACUACCGUGGCAGGUACUUCAACAACAACACUAACACAACCAACUUCAUCAACUAUUACUUCAACAGAUGUGUCACCAUCUCCAACAGUUUCAAUUACUACUCAGACCACUUUGUCGACUGAGAGCACAGUGCUAAGUACAAUCAGUUCGUCUACCACUGCAUCCAUUGCAGUGCCAAGUACAACUACAUCAGCUUCACCCAGUACAUCUACUACUGUUGAAAGUACUGUCUCCUCAGCAACAGUGACAACUGUUUCAGCUCCAUUACCAACCAGUAGCAGUUCAAGCACUUCAACAACAUUUCCGGAAACAUCAGUUUCAUCAACCUCGAGUGCUGCACCACAGACAUCUCAAGCACCAUCAACCUCCACUUCAGCAAUAUCUACUACAGAGGCAGCUGAGCAAAGUACAAGCUUUUCUUCUUUGUCAACUUCGUCAACAUCUAUAACACCCAUUUCAACAGCAAGCUCCAGUCCAUCUACGACUGCGCAAAGCACUGUCACAUCAACAUCGGUGACAACUGAAUCAACAUCAUCCCCAUCUACUACCGUGGCAGGUACUUCAACAACAACACUAACACAACCAACUUCAUCAACUAUUACUUCAACAGAUGUGUCAACAUCUCCAACAGUUUCAAUUACUACUCCGACCACUUUGUCGACAGAGAGCACAGUGCUAAGUACAAUCAGUUCGUCUACCACUGCAUCCAUUGCAGUGCCAAGUACAACUACAUCAGCUUCACCCAGUACAUCUACUACUGUUGAAAGUACUGUCUCCUCAGCAACAGUGACAACUGUUUCAGCUCCAUUACCAACCAGUAGCAGUUCAAGCACUUCAACAACAGUUCCGGCAACAUCAGUUUCAUCAACCUCGAGUGCUGCACCACAGACAUCUCAAGCACCAUCAACCUCCAAUUCAGCAAUAUCUACUACAGAAGCAGCUGAGCAAAGUACAAGCUCUUCUUCUGUGACAACUACGUCAACAUCUUCAAUACCCAUUUCAACUGCAAGCUCCAGUACAUCUCCAAAUGCACAAACCACUGUCACAGAAACAUCAGUGACAACUGAAUCAACGUCAUCCCCAUCUACUACCGUGGCAGGUCCUUCAACAACAACACAAACACAACCAACUUCAUCUACUAUUACUUCAACAGAUGUGUCACCAUCUUCAACAGUUUCAAUUACUUCUCCGACCACUUUGUCAACAGAGAGCACAGUGCUAAGUACAAUCAGUUCGUCUACCACUGCAUCCAUUGCAGUACCAAGUACAACUACAUCAGCUUCACCCAGUACAUCUACUACUGUUGAAAGUACUGUCUCCUCAGCAACAGUGACACCUGUUUCAGCUCCAUUACCAACCAGUAGCAGUUCAAGCACUUCAACAACAGCUCCGGCAACAUCAGUUUCAUCAACCUCGAGUGCUGCACCACAGACAUCUCAAGCACCAUCAACCUCCAAUUCAGCAAUAUCUACUACAGAAGCAGCUGAGCAAAGUACAAGCUCUUCUUCUGUGACAACUUCGUCAACAUCUAUAACACCCAUUUCAACAGCAAGCUCCAGUCCAUCUACGAUUGCGCAAAGCACUGUCACAUCAACAUCGGUGACAACUGAAUCAACAUCAUCCCCAUCUACUACCGUGGCAGGUACUUCAACAACAACACUAACACAACCAACUUCAUCAACUAUUACUUCAACAGAUGUGUCACCAUCUCCAACAGUUUCAAUUACUACUCCGACCACUUUGUCGACAGAGAGCACAGUGCUAAGUACAAUCAGUUCGUCUACCACUGCAUCCAUUGCAGUGCCAAGUACAACUACAUCAGCUUCACCCAGUACAUCUACUACUGUUGAAAGUACUGUCUCCUCAGCAACAGUGACAACUGUUUCAGCUCCAUUACCAACCAGUAGCAGUUCAAGCACUUCAACAACAGUUCCGGAAACAUCAGUUUCAUCAACCUCGAGUGCUGCACCACAGACAUCUCAAGCACCAUCAACCUCCACUUCAGCAAUAUCUACUAAAGAGGCAGCUGAGCAAAGUACAAGCUUUUCUUCUUUGUCAACUUCGUCAAAAUCUAUAACACCCAUUUCAACAGCAAGCUCCAGUCCAUCUACGACUGCGCAAAGCACUGUCACAUCAACAUCGGUGACAACUGAAUCAACAUCAUCCCCAUCUACUACCGUGGCAGGUACUUCAACAACAACACUAACACAACCAACUUCAUCAACUAUUACUUCAACAGAUGUGUCACCAUCUCCAACAGUUUCAAUUACUACUCAGACCACUUUGUCGACUGAGAGCACAGUGCUAAGUACAAUCAGUUCGUCUACCACUGCAUCCAUUGCAGUGCCAAGUACAACUACAUCAGCUUCACCCAGUACAUCUACUACUGUUGAAAGUACUGUCUCCUCAGCAACAGUGACAACUGUUUCAGCUCCAUUACCAACCAGUAGCAGUUCAAGCACUUCAACAACAGUUCCGGCAACAUCAGUUUCAUCAACCUCUAGUGCUGCACCACAGACAUCUCAAGCACCAUCAACCUCCACUUCAGCAAUAUCUACUACAGAGGCAGCUGAGCAAAGUACAAGCUUUUCUUCUUUGUCAACCACUGUCACAUCAACAUCGGUGACAACUGAAUCAACAUCAUCCCCAUCUACUACCGUGGCAGGUACUUCAACAACAACACUAACACAACCAACUUCAUCAACUAUUACUUCAACAGAUGUGUCACCAUCUCCAACAGUUUCAAUUACUACUCCGACCACUUUGUCGACAGAGAGCACAGUGCUAAGUACAAUCAGUUCGUCUACCACUGCAUCCAUUGCAGUGCCAAGUACAACUACAUCAGCUUCACCCAGUACAUCUACUACUGUUGAAAGUACUGUCUCCUCAGCAACAGUGACAACUGUUUCAGCUCCAUUACCAACCAGUAGCAGUUCAAGCACUUCAACAACAGUUCCGGCAACAUCAGUUUCAUCAACCUCGAGUGCUGCACCACAGACAUCUCAAGCACCAUCAACCUCCAAUUCAGCAAUAUCUACUACAGAAGCAGCUGAGCAAAGUACAAGCUCUUCUUCUGUGACAACUACGUCAACAUCUUCAAUACCCAUUUCAACUGCAAGCUCCAGUACAUCUCCAAAUGCACAAACCACUGUCACAGAAACAUCAGUGACAACUGAAUCAACGUCAUCCCCAUCUACUACCGUGGCAGGUCCUUCAACAACAACACAAACACAACCAACUUCAUCUACUAUUACUUCAACAGAUGUGUCACCAUCUCCAACAGUUUCAAUUACUUCUCCGACCACUUUGUCAACAGAGAGCACAGUGCUAAGUACAAUCAGUUCGUCUACCACUGCAUCCAUUGCAGUACCAAGUACAACUACAUCAGCUUCACCCAGUACAUCUACUACUGUUGAAAGUACUGUCUCCUCAGCAACAGUGACACCUGUUUCAGCUCCAUUACCAACCAGUAGCAGUUCAAGCACUUCAACAACAGCUCCGGCAACAUCAGUUUCAUCAACCUCGAGUGCUGCACCACAGACAUCUCAAGCACCAUCAACCUCCAAUUCAGCAAUAUCUACUACAGAAGCAGCUGAGCAAAGUACAAGCUCUUCUUCUGUGACAACUUCGUCAACAUCUAUAACACCCAUUUCAACAGCAAGCUCCAGUCCAUCUACGAUUGCGCAAAGCACUGUCACAUCAACAUCGGUGACAACUGAAUCAACAUCAUCCCCAUCUACUACCGUGGCAGGUACUUCAACAACAACACUAACACAACCAACUUCAUCAACUAUUACUUCAACAGAUGUGUCACCAUCUCCAACAGUUUCAAUUACUACUCCGACCACUUUGUCGACAGAGAGCACAGUGCUAAGUACAAUCAGUUCGUCUACCACUGCAUCCAUUGCAGUGCCAAGUACAACUACAUCAGCUUCACCCAGUACAUCUACUACUGUUGAAAGUACUGUCUCCUCAGCAACAGUGACAACUGUUUCAGCUCCAUUACCAACCAGUAGCAGUUCAAGCACUUCAACAACAGUUCCGGAAACAUCAGUUUCAUCAAUCUCGAGUGCUGCACUACAGACAUCUCAAGCACCAUCAACCUCCACUUCAGCAAUAUCUACUACAGAGGCAGCUGAGCAAAGUACAAGCUCUUCUUCUGUGACAACUACGCCAACAUCUUCAAUACCCAUUUCAACAGCAAGCUCCAGUCUAUCUACGACUGCGCAAAGCACUGUCACAUCAACAUCGGUGACAACUAAAUCAACGUCAUCCCCAUCUACUACCGUGGCAGGUCCUUCAACAACAAUACUAACACAACCAACUUCAUCAACUAUUACUUCAACAUAUGUGUCACCAUCUCCAGCAGUUUCAAUUACUACUCUGACCACUUUGUCGACAGAGAGCACAGAGCUAAGUAUAAUCAGUUCGUCUACCACUGCAUCCAAUGCAGUGCCAAGUACAACUACAUCAGCUUCACCCAGUACAUCUACUAUUGUUGAAAGUACUGUCUCCUCCACAACAGUAACAACUGUUUCAGAACCAUCACCAUCCAGUAGUAGAUCAAGCACUUCAACUGCAGCUCCGGCAACAUCAGUUUCAUCAACCUCGAGUGCUGCACCGCAGACAUCUCAAGCACCAUCAAUCUCCACUUCAGCAAUAUCUACUGCAGUGGCAGCUGAGCAAAGUACAAGCUUUUCUUCUUCGUCAACUUUGUCAACAUCUUUAACACCCAUUUCUACAGCAAGCUCUAGUCCAUCUACGACUGCGCAAAGCACUGUCACAUCAACAUCGGUGACAACUGAAUCAACAUCAUCCCCAUCUACUACCGUGGCAGGUACUUCAACAACAAUACUAACACAACCAACUUCAACAACUAUUACUUCAACAGAUGUGUCACCAUCUCCAGCAGUUUCAAUUACUACUCCGACCACUUUGUCGACAGAGAGCACACUGCUAAGUACAAUCAGUUCGUCUACCACUGCAUCCAUUGCAGUGCCAAGUACAACUACAUCAGCUUCACCCAGUACAUCUGCUACUGUUGAAAGUACUGUCUACUCCACAACAGUAACAACUGUUUCAGAACCAUCACCAUCCAGUAGCAGAUCAAGCACUUCAACUGCAGCUCCGGCAACAUCAGUUUCAUCAACCUCGAGUGCUGCACAGCAGACAUCUCAAGCACCAUCAAUCUCCACUUCAGCUAUAUCUACUGCAGUGGCAGCUGAGCAAAGUACAAGCUUUUCUUCUUCGCCAACUUCGUCAACAUCUUCAACACCCAUUUCAACAGCAAGCUCCAGUACAUCUACGACUGCGCAAAGCACUGUCACAUCAACAUUGGUGACAACUGAAUCAAUAUCAUCCCCAUCUACUAACGUGGCAGGUACUUCAACAACAAUACUAACACAACCAACUUCAUCAACUAUUACUUCAACAGAUGUGUCACCAUCUCCAGCAGUUUCAAUUACUACUCCGACCACUUUGUCGACAGAGAGCACAGUGGUAAGUACAAUCAGUUCGUCUACCACUGCAUCCAUUGCAGUGCCAAGUACAACUACAUCAGCUUCACCCAGUACAUCUACUACUGUUGAAAGUACUGUCUCCUCAGCAAUAGUGACAACUGUUUCAGCUCCAUUUCCAACCAGUAGCAGUUCAAGCACUUCAACAACAGUUCCGGCAACAUCAGUUUCAUCAACCUCGAGUGCUGCACCACAGACAUCUCAAGCACCAUCAACCUCCAAUUCAGCAAUAUCUACUACAGAGGCAGCUGAGCAAGGUACAAGCUUUUCUUCUUUGUCAACUUCGUCAACAUCUAUAACACCCAUUUCAACAGCAAGCUCCAGUCCAUCUACGACUGCGCAAAGCACUGUCACAUCAACAUCGGUGACAACUGAAUCAACAUCAUCCCCAUCUACUACCGUGGCAGGUACUUCAACAACAACACUAACACAACCAACUUCAUCAACUAUUACUUCAACAGAUGUGUCACCAUCUCCAACAGUUUCAAUUACUACUCCGACCACUUUGUCGACAGAGAGCACAGUGCUAAGUACAAUCAGUUCGUCUACCACUGCAUCCAUUGCAGUGCCAAGUACAACUACAUCAGCUUCACCCAGUACAUCUACUACUGUUGAAAGUACUGUCUCCUCAGCAACAGUGACAACUGUUUCAGCUCCAUUACCAACCAGUAGCAGUUCAAGCACUUCAACAACAGUUCCGGAAACAUCAGUUUCAUCAACCUCGAGUGCUGCACUACAGACAUCUCAAGCACCAUCAACCUCCACUUCAGCAAUAUCUACUACAGAGGCAGCUGAGCAAAGUACAAGCUCUUCUUCUGUGACAACUACGCCAACAUCUUCAAUACCCAUUUCAACAGCAAGCUCCAGUCUAUCUACGACUGCGCAAAGCACUGUCACAUCAACAUCGGUGACAACUAAAUCAACGUCAUCCCCAUCUACUACCGUGGCAGGUCCUUCAACAACAAUACUAACACAACCAACUUCAUCAACUAUUACUUCAACAUAUGUGUCACCAUCUCCAGCAGUUUCAAUUACUACUCUGACCACUUUGUCGACAGAGAGCACAGAGCUAAGUACAAUCAGUUCGUCUACCACUGCAUCCAAUGCAGUGCCAAGUACAACUACAUCAGCUUCACCCAGUACAUCUACUAUUGUUGAAAGUACUGUCUCCUCCACAACAGUAACAACUGUUUCAGAACCAUCACCAUCCAGUAGCAGAUCAAGCACUUCAACUGCAGCUCCGGCAACAUCAGUUUCAUCAACCUCGAGUGCUGCACCGCAGACAUCUCAAGCACCAUCAAUCUCCACUUCAGCAAUAUCUACUGCAGUGGCAGCUGAGCAAAGUACAAGCUUUUCUUCUUCGUCAACUUUGUCAACAUCUUCAACACCCAUUUCUACAGCAAGCUCUAGUCCAUCUACGACUGCGCAAAGCACUGUCACAUCAACAUCGGUGACAACUGAAUCAACAUCAUCCCCAUCUACUACCGUGGCAGGUACUUCAACAACAAUACUAACACAACCAACUUCAACAACUAUUACUUCAACAGAUGUGUCACCAUCUCCAGCAGUUUCAAUUACUACUCCGACCACUUUGUCGACAGAGAGCACAGUGCUAAGUACAAUCAGUUCGUCUACCACUGCAUCCAUUGCAGUGCCAAGUACAACUAUAUCAGCUUCACCCAGUACAUCUGCUAAUGUUGAAAGUACUGUCUCCUCCACAACAGUAACAACUGUUUCAGAACCAUCACCAUCCAGUAGCAGAUCAAGCACUUCAACUGCAGCUCCGGUAACAUCAGUUUCAUCAACCUCGAGUGCUGCACAGCAGACAUCUCAAGCACCAUCAAUCUCCACUUCAGCUAUAUCUACUGCAGUGGCAGCUGAGCAAAGUACAAGCUUUUCUUCUUCGCCAACUUCGUCAACAUCUAUAACACCCAUUUCAACAGCAAGCUCCAGUACAUCUACGACUGCGCAAAGCACUGUCACAUCAACAUUGGUGACAACUGAAUCAAUAUCAACCCCAUCUACUAACGUGGCAGGUACUUCAACAACAAUACUAACACAACCAACUUCAUCAACUAUUACUUCAACAGAUGUGUCACCAUCUCCAGCAGUUUCAAUUACUACUCCGACCACUUUGUCGACAGAGAGCACAGUGGUAAGUACAAUCAGUUCAUCUACCACUGCAUCCAUUGCAGUGCCAAGUACAACUACAUCAGCUUCACCCAGUACAUCUACUACUGUUGAAAGUACUGUCUCCUCAGCAAUAGUGACAACUGUUUCAGCUCCAUUUCCAACCAGUAGCAGUUCAAGCACUUCAACAACAGUUCCGGCAACAUCAGUUUCAUCAACCUCGAGUGCUGCACCACAGACAUCUCAAGCACCAUCAACCUCCAAUUCAGCAAUAUCUACUACAGAGGCAGCUGAGCAAAGUACAAGCUCUUCUUUUGUGACAACUUCGUCAACAUCUAUAACACCCAUUUCAACAGCAAGCUCCAGUCCAUCUACGACUGCGCAAAGCACUGUCACAUCAACAUCGGUGACAACUGAAUCAACAUCAUCCCCAUCUACUAACGUGGCAGGUCCUUCAACAACAAUACUAACACAACCAACUUCAUUAACUAUUACUUCAACAGAUGUGUCACCAUCUCCAGCAGUUUCAAUUACUACUCCGACCACUUUGUCGACAGAGAGCACAGUGCUAAGUACAAUCAGUUCGUCUACCACUGCAUCCAUUGCAGUGCCAAGUACAACGACAUCAGCUUCACCCAGUACAUCUACUACUGUUGAAAGUACUGUCUCCUCAGCAAUAGUGACAACUGUUUCAGCUCCAUUACCAACCAGUAGCAGUUCAAGCACUUCAACAACAGUUCCGGCAACAUCAGUUUCAUCAACCUCGAGUGCUGCACCACAGACAUCUCAAGCACCAUCAACCUCCACUUCAGUAAUAUCUUCUACAGAAGCAGCUGUGCAAGGAUUCUUGUACUUCACAGUCAACUUUACCCUUGCCAAUUUGACGUUUACUCCAGCUAUGUCUUCUGCAAACAACUCAAUGUCUAUCAAUGUGACUUCUUUGGUAGCCCAAGCUUUACUUGAAAGUAACAUUGCAGGCACCUUUUCUGCUUGUUAUCCUGUUGCCCUCAGCUCUGACCUGGUGAUCGGCACAUAUGUGAAUCUCAGCUGCACUUUUAAGAAUGACACAUCAAAGCCACCUUUGGACAGAGUGACUGUGUACAGAGAAUUGAAAGGACUCACUCACAACGGCAGCACCUUGGGACCCUAUGCCAUAAGCAGCAAUAGCCUCUACGUGAAUGGAUACCAGGAAGUCACACCUAUUGUUGAUAUGCUACAUUUCUCAAUUAACUUCACUCUCAACAACCUAGCAUACUUGCGAAAUUACUCUUCUUUAAAUGACCCCGUGAACAAGAAUGUUACCUCCCUGGUGGCCCAAGCCCUACAGAUGACCACCAUUGGUCCACUUUUCCAAGCAUGUUAUCCAGUUUCUUUCAGUCAAGAUUUGGUUGCUGGCACAGAUGUGAACCUCAGCUGCACUUUUAAGAAUGACACGUCAAAGCCACCUUUGGACAGAGUGACUGUGUACAGAGAAUUGAAAGGACUCACUCACAAUGGCAGCACCUUGGGACCCUAUGCUAUGAGCAGCAAUAGCCUCUACGUGAAUGGAUACCAGGAAGUCACACCUACAGUUGAUAUGCUACAUUUCUCAAUUAACUUCACUCUCAACAACCUAGCAUACUUGCAGAAUUACUCUUCUUUAAAUGACCCUGUGAACAAGAAUGUUACCUCCCUGGUGGCCCAAGCCCUACAGAUGACCACCAUUGGUCCACUUUUCCAAGCAUGUUAUCCAGUUUCUUUCAGUCAAGAUUUGGUUGCUGGCACAGAUGUGAACCUCAGCUGCACUUUUAAGAAUGACACUUCAAAGCCACCUUUGGACAGAGUGACUGUGUACAGAGAAUUGAAAGGUCUCACUCACAAUGGCAGCACCUUGGGACCCUAUGCUAUGAGCAGCAAUAGCCUCUACGUGAAUGGAUACCAGGAAGUCACACCUACAGUUGAUAUGCUAUAUUUCUCAAUUAACUUCACUCUCAACAACCUAGCAUACUUGCGAAAUUACUCUUCUUUAAAUGACCCCGUGAACAAGAAUGUUACCUCCCUGGUGGCCCAAGCCCUACAGUUGACCACCAUUGGUCCACUUUUCCAAGCAUGUUAUCCAGUUUCUUUCAGUCAAGGUUUGGUUGCUGGCACAGAUGUGAACCUCAGCUGCACUUUUAAGAAUGACACGUCAAAGCCACCUUUGGACAGAGUGACUGUGUACAGAGAAUUGAAAGGACUCACUCACAAUGGCAGCACCUUGGGACCCUAUGCUAUGAGCAGCAAUAGCCUCUACGUGAAUGGAUACCAGGAAGUCACACCUACAGUUGAUAUGCUACAUUUCUCAAUUAACUUCACUCUCAACAACCUAGCAUACUUGCGAAAUUACUCUUCUUUAAAUGACCCCGUGAACAAGAAUGUUACCUCCCUGGUGGCCCAAGCCCUACAGAUGACCACCAUUGGUCCACUUUUCCAAGCAUGUUAUCCAGUUUCUUUCAGUCAAGAUUUGGUUGCUGGCACAGAUGUGAACCUCAGCUGCACUUUUAAGAAUGACACGUCAAAGCCACCUUUGGACAGAGUGACUGUGUACAGAGAAUUGAAAGGACUCACUCACAAUGGCAGCACCUUGGGACCCUAUGCUAUGAGCAGCAAUAGCCUCUACGUGAAUGGAUACCAAGAAAUUACACCUGUGCCUCCAAUCGAAAUGAUACAGUUCUCUGUUAACUUCACCCUCAGCAACCUGACUUUCUCACCAAAUUUCACAUCUUUGAAUAACACUAUAACCAAGGGGGUCACUUCCCUGGUGUCCCAAGCUCUUCAGAUGACCAGUAUUGCCAAGACAUUCUCUGGAUGUAGUCCAGUUUCUUUUAGCAAAAAUCUUGUUGGUGGCACAGACGUGAACCUCACUUGCACCGCUAGGAACAUCACCUCAGAGCCACCUUUCAACAAAGUGACUGUGUACAGUGAACUGACACAACUCACUAAGAAUGGCAUAUCCUUGGGAUCCUACAGUAUGACUAAGGACAGUCUCUACGUGAAUGGAUAUCAUGAAGCUACUGUCGUUAGUGGUAACACAAUACUGAUCCCUCUCAAUUUUACAAUUAUAAACUUGAAGUUUACCUCAGAUUUGGCCAAACCUAAUUCCCCACUCUAUCAAUAUAUGGCAACGUUAAUUGUGACAUUGAUUAAUAAAGUUUUUAAAGAAAAUUCCAUAAACGGCAAUUGUAACCUAGUGGAUUUCAGGGCGGCUAAAAAAGGAGAUUUUACUACAGUGGAUAUGCAAUGUCAGUUUGCUGAUUUUAUUACUGCUCGAUCGCUGAAAGACUUCAGUACGAUAUAUGACGUUUUUAAAAAUGCAACACAAAAUCUUAGCAACCUGGGGCCUUUCCAGCUUGACCAGAAUAGUCUGUUUGUCAGUGACUAUACUUGGACAUAUCCAACUACAUCUCCAGUCGUCAUCACGGCCUCCACCACCACCACUGUUCCAGCAGUUACCAGUCCUGGAGACCAAGGCUAUGAACUUGACUUCACUAUUGUGAAUCGAGAGUUUACUUCAGCUCUUAAUGACCCUACUUCCGACUUGUACAAACAGCUCACAAACAAUGUCAGUUCAAUGCUCUCUCAAGUGUACAAAAACAGUUCAGUGGCUAAGAAUUUCAAAUACUGCAAGGUGACAGGCUUAAGAAUUGGAUCGGUGAAAGUAUCUUGCAAUUGUGUGUUUAAUUCAUCCAAUGCAACAGCACCCAUUAACAGCGUGACUCUUCAGAACAUCUUUUCAAAAGCAACUAAUGACACCACAUUACUGGGAGGAGUUUAUGAGCUUAAGAAAGGAAGUGUGGUUAUAUCAGAUCCAAUAGUUUAUCCUUCAUCCAAUAAUUGGAAUCUUUCAUACUGGGCCGUCAUUCUCAUAGUACUGGGAAUAUUUCUGCUUUUAUUGUUGCUGUUCCUCUGUUGCUUUCUGCUUGCGAUGUUAAGAAAAAACAGACAUAAAGGCUUUUAUGACAUAAUGCAAGCUCCCUAUGGCCAGUACUACUCUCACCUGAAAUAAGCUACUGCUACUGCCUGACCCCAAUAAGAGUGAAGUGAUGAUAUGAUGCUUCAAGAAAACAAAGGACGAAAACGGAAUCAUAAUAUCAGAAGUAAAUUAUUAUACACAUCUAUAUUUAUUUUGUGCAAUAUGAUUUUUCUUUUCUGUUUGGAACACUGAAUAUUUCAGUGAAGAACUUAAAGGAAGUUACUUUUCAUUGAACUGCCAAUUUAAUCAACUUAAAGUUUAUUUGACUAGAAAAAAUGUAAAGGUUACUGGAUGAACAUAAACUUUUAUUAGUUUGCUGGGCCACAGAGAAAGAUUAAUAACACAGUUAAUCCGAGUUAUGUAAGAAUGUAAGAUUAUCCUCACUUCUUCUCACUGAUUAUUGAGUAUUAUUAUUUGUAUAGUGGUAUUGAUUUUAAGCGACCAAACACAGUGAGUCACUUUAGCAAAAAUGAUUAGAAACCUGAACAGAACCACAGUGUUCCUGCAAUAAAGAUUGACUGAUGGCCAAUAGUUCACCAGAAAAAGUCAAAGUGAAACAAAAAAGUGAGUUAAAACUUUUAAUUGUGCUACUUUCUUCACAUUUACCAAUAAAUGUCUCUUACUGCUUUAUUAUGUAACUUAUGUAAUUUAGAACUAAUGUAUGCAUUUGAUGAGUAACUAUUGUAAAUCUGUAUUUUUAAAUUAUUAUUAUUAUUAUAAAUAAAUUCUAUUUUUGAAAA